AACUCUUGGUAACAACACACGCACCAUCAGCCAUGAAGAAGACGCCCUUUAUAUUUCUGUUUCUGCUGUUCUCGGUCAGUCAUGGCUGCAUUAGUUUUGGUUCUUCAGAAAAAGCCCCAGAUAAAACUUACGCUCCAAAAAACACACGUGCCACAACCACCACCACAACCACCACCACAACCACCACCACAACCACAACCACUACCACGCCCAGACCCCUCAUCUGCAAAUGUGAAAAUAAAUACCCAGUAUUAAGGAUUCCUACAGUGGCUGUGAUGAUGACAGCAACUACAGCUGGAGGCUUGGUGAUGGUGGUGGUGUUGCUAGUGAAGAAGUAUAUAGACUUAAAGAGACAAGGCACCUCAAAGGACUGUGAGUGAUACUAGGCUCUGGAAAGCAGACCAAGAUCCUUCAACAGCCUGCAUGAAGACAUUCCCUCCAUGAACAGCUGAUUGAGUGAGUGACUGACUGGCAGACUGACCGGCUGGCUGACUGACUUGUUCGUUGAUUUAAUCUGGAUGAUUAAAUGACUGGAUAAUCAACCGAUUGAUUUAAGGACUGAUUGACUGGAUUAUUCAAGAAAAGAGUGGAGUGCAUAUAAAGCAAAAUUAAGAAAAAUAUGAAAAGGGAAAUAAAAGAAAAAAAAGAAAAGAAAGUAGAGGAAGAAUAAGAAUAAGAAUAAGAAUAAACAAAA